CCGUCCUGUCUCUCAUCCAAUGUGUAUGAAACUGAUAAAAGAUAAACCAUGACAUCGCCUCUCUCCUCUCUGGGGAAGAUUCGUAGAAUGCCACUUCAGUUGCAAAAACCUGGAGAAAGGACCAUACACCACAAAGAGCGUACCCGGAAUGGUCAGGAAGGCCUGCAACUGAAUUGUGAGGAUGAAAUUGCUAUGAUGGAUGAAAUCCUAGGGCCAGGUGCUCAGAUUCCAGUCAGUUUGCCUUCCUGUUCAAACGGAACUUCAAGCAAUUCAGCUGCUCCCAGUGACAUGGAACUGAUGACCUCCAUGAUGCAGAAGAUUGCUUCCUUGGAACAGAAAGUCAAGCACCAAGCACAAGCAAUCCAGCACAGGGAUAAGAAGAUCAAAGAGCUUGAGGAAGAGAUUCAGGAAGGAAAAGCUUCACAGUCAUGUAGAACCAAGGAACUGGAAGAGUUAUGCCUUCAGCUACAUUAUCAGAUCUGGGAGAUGGAGCGGUUUCUGAAUGACUAUGGGUUGAUCUGGGUUGGAGAAGAAACAGAUUCUCCAGAAGAACUGGAGUCACCAAAAGAAGAAAGAAUUCACCCACUGAAAGGUUUUUGGAAGCCAGGUGAUGCCAUCCCUUCAAGAACCCCAAUCAAUUUUGAUUUGAUUUUUGAAAACCUGAAAGAUUUAAAUGUUUUGGCUGGGGAUGGCAUGUCCCAAAUUGAACACACAUCUGCGGGUGCUAGGCUGAAACAGCUGGACUCAAUCCCCCUUACCUUCUAUCAGAACGGGAUUGUCAUGUUCAACGGACCCUUCCGGUCAUAUGAGGAGCCUUCCACACAGCAAUGCCUGCGAGAUAUCAUGGAUGGUUACUUCCCUUCUGAGCUGCAGAGGCGUUACCCAAAUGGUGUCCCAUUUCAGGUCACUGACAGGAGAGAUAUCUUCUUUCAGGAGAGGAAGGUGCCAGAGAGUUUUCCUGGUUUGGGGCAGAUCACUGGCCACUUGAAACCAAGUGGAAUAAAGGAGACGCAAGAGCUCCCUGGUCCUAAGCUCACUCUAGAUCAGUUUUUGAACAAGCUUCCAAAGUCGGUAAUCCGAGAUGGGAAUGUGAUCGAUAUCCGGGGAGAGAUUAAAAAAACCCUGCAGGGCUCUGGUGGAACACGAAGCCAUGAAGUGGUUCUGGUGGAGACACCCAGCCUGACUGCAAUGAAAAAAAGAUUGGAAGGGGACAGUAAAAAGGAAAACUUCAAACCCCAAGUCUCAACUCUUCGGAUCAAGUCAGAGAAUGGGGAGAAGACAUACGUCAUCAAAAUGGCAUUCACAGAGACCAUUGGAGACCUGCGGCGGCAUCUUGCCCAGAGCAGGGGAGAAGAGGUGGAACCAUAUGACAUUUUCAGCACUUUUCCUAAACAGGUGUAUAAUGACAACUCUAUGACCCUGGAAGAAUGUGGGCUGGUCCCUAAUGCCUUCCUUCUGCUGCGGAAAAAGAUUCCUUCAACAAAACAAAGGGAACAGCUGUAAUGGGUCACAGUGGAUGGUUCAUCAGGCUUGGCUGCCACUCAACUGGGAAGUAGUGUGCCUUCUUCUCUUACCUGGACAUAGCUCUCCUGUCAGCAAUAGAAAGGGCAUACUCUAUGGUCAGAUACAACUAGGGCAGACCCAAUGUAGAAACUGGGGCAGAGUGGCUCACCUUUCCACCUACAUGCCUUCAUGGCUGUUCAUUAUGCCAAAGGGAAAGAAGGAAAGGAAAUUAGGCUUGAAAGCAUAGAUUCCUCCUCCUUUUGUUAGCCUACCUGCAUGGAGUAAGUGCAGAUCCAGCUUGCCACAUCUAGAAAAUAAUUCCAGUUCCCAAGGCAUUAAUACACACUGCCCUUCAUAAAGCUCCAGAAACAUUAGGGAAAGCACAAUUGGUUUAAUGGUGCUAGCAUGUGAAUUUUUUGUCCCCAUCGCCAAGCGUCUGCAAAAUGUGUCACCAAGGUGAAAGUUGUUACCAUGCUCUGGUUUUCCCAGGCCACACAUCAAGAGUAUACUCUCAGCCUAUUUUUUGUAUCUGGUAGGCUUAUGUGCACCUCUGAUACAAGCUCAUUAUCCAAUCUAUAUUAUGGAAAAGCUCACUGGAAACCUUUGGCCUUUCCUGAAGAAUGGCUAAAUAUCCUACUGUUUAAACUGUUGCUGAAAAGGCAACUCAAGAGUUUACAAGUUCUUUCUACUUCAUGCUUGGCUUGCAAGCUGGGGAAUAUUUGCCCCUCCUGAUUAUUUUUGGACUAUAAAUCCAUGAUGCCUCAUCAAUGGCUACUGAUGGGCAUUGUAGUACAACAUCAGGAUGACCCCGUUUCCCCAUUGUUGGGUAAAAAGUUAGCCAUCCGCUUCAGAUAAUGUCUCCUUCUGUGGCCUCAUGAAAAUCUCCUGCAGUUAAAACUAGCCUGAUACUUGGUACCUUGAUGGUAGACAGUGUCCCUCACUUUGCCUUUUCUAAGGCUACAACGAAGUCCAGCUUGCUUUUUUUCUUCAGGAGCAAUUUUGUGCCAACUUCAUCCAGUGUUUUGAAGGAGCUCAUCCUGUUUAGUUCUCUCUCCUUGUGAUUAGUUUUCCACCCCAGAGAUGUCUAGUGGUUGUAAAAAGAGGCAGGCAGACAUUCAACCCUCCAAAUUUUAGGUUGCAACCCCCAUCCACCUCAUUCCUUUCAUGCUCUGCCCUCACAGGCUUAUACGGGGGUAGAAUGGUAUGUGUGCUUGGUCCCUCUGUCUGUCUAGAAUUCAUUUCAUGUAGAAAACUAGCCGGCAGGGAAUUAGUAGUAACACUUUGCAAUACUUCCCCUGCACUAUUACCUUUCCAUAUGCAGGCUCUUUCUUAUACUUAGGGAGGAUUUAAACAUCCAAUUCCUUUUCCCUGGCUCCCUCUCCUGCCUUAAGUUGCAACCUGUCCUGCUCUAUGAAGGCUAUGCCUGAUGCUUUUUUCCUAAAUUUUAAAACCUAAUCUAAUUGCUAUGUAUCCAUGACUUUCUUAUCUACUUGUAUGUUCCUUGUAGCAUGCCAUAAACACAAAUAGCUCGCCAAUAGUUCUGCACACCACUGCAGCAAAAGCUUAAAUCCUUUUGCCCAUCAUCAUUCUCUAAGUGCCUUUCCUAUGUAACCAAAAUGACACUUUUUCACACAGUGUAUAGUAAAAUUGUGGAACCUGCUGCCAGUAGUUGCAGUGAUGGCUGCUAAUUUGGAUGGAUUUUUAAAAAGAACUAAGUAAAUUAGUGAAGGGGGCCAUCAUUAUUUCUUAGUCAGCAUGGUUACGUGUUACCUUCAGUAUCAGAGGCGAUAUUUUUCUGUACAUCAGUUGCUGGUGAGUGUGACAUGGAUGGUGCAAUUGCAGUCAUGUUACCCGUGGGCAACUGACUGGCCAUGUGAACAAAAUAUUGGAUUAUAUACAUCUUUUAUUGUAACAUGGCUGCUCUUAGAGGAGUAUCCUGAAAAAGGAUAGAGCACUCCAAACUGCAACAUUUUUUUGCAAGUGCUACUAAUACACCAGCUGAAAUUCUAAUAUAAUUUACUAUUUUCCCUAUGAGGGUGGGAAGGCAACACCCUAAACCAAAUGUGGAUAAGAAAUUGAGGUCCUCUGUUGCUAAUCACAAUCGAAUUUAUGCCUGCCAUCAUUUUUAUCUAUAGGUAACCGACCCACACAUAGAAUGAGUCAAUUAUUCUUGCUAUUGAGAGUGACAAGCAGCAACCAGGUUUAUGGUCAUGUUAACUCCUAAACAGAGAGCAAUUUUAUCUCAGCAAACAUGGGAUUCAGUGUUUAUGGCUUUCAAAGUUCAUCCUUUAAAAAAGCCCAGAAAAAACCCUCCUCCCAGUUGGUUACAGGGAUGCCAUUUUCCUUCCUGCCAUUUUAGAUAUUCUCAUCAACAUCUGAGGCAACUGUGCUCAAACCUAUCCUAAGCUUCCUGUAGAGCAGUAGCACUCAUUUUUGUGCUGAGCUGAACAAUCAAUGUACCUACUAAGAGCUGGAAAAUGGACUUCUGAAUCAAUAUAUAAAGGGUACU